AUGUUCCUUACCCAGUUUAUCUCUAGUAAGAGGAGUCAGAAGCCGACUACCCAUCUAUUGACCUUCAAGCAGGGAAACAAAGAACCACUAAAGGAUUACAUUACCUGCUUCAAUGAGGAGGCGCUGUUAGUGGAAGAUAAAGAUGAUAAAAUGGCACUCUCGACCAUGUUCAGCGGACUCAAAGAGGGGAAGUUCACCUUCUCAAUUGGGAAAAAUCCACCAACUACCCUGGCUGAGCUCAAAAAUACACCAACGCCGAGGAAUUCUCUAAUUCCUGGAAGAACAUCUAAGGGUCAGAGACUCCUAAACUGGCUUGUCUACAUGAAGACUGAUGUGGAGAACCGGGAUAAGCGCAAGUACUGCUGGUUCCAUCGUGAUCACGGCCAUAACACGAGCAACUGUGUGGAUCUCAAGGAUAAAAUCGAUACCCUUAUUCGCAAGGGUCAUUUGCACUGGUACACCAAGGAGGAGAGGGCUCGUAAAGCUGACUUUCAGAGUUCCAACCCCAAACACUAUGUCCACUUAGCUGAAAGACUGAGGAAAGAGCUCCAUGUCAACCCUUGCAGCCUAACUUUCACAGAGGAUGACGCACAAGGAAUCCAUCAUCCGCAUGACGAUGACCUCGUGGUGGCUAUGACCAUAGCUAACUAUAAGGUCUUCCGUAUCCUGGUUGACACGGGGAGCUCGGCUGACAUCAUUGACUCCGAGGUAUUCGAGAGAAUAGGUAUCGACAGAUCAUGCCUCCGACCCAUGAAGACCCCUCUACACGGCUUUGCUGGGGAUAAGGUUGUCAAUGUGCCGUUGGUGCAUAAUGUUAUUCUAAGCCGACCUUCCCUUGAUGCGAUGAGGGCGGUUGUGUCCACGUACCACUUGAUGAUGAAAUUCCCAAUCGAAGGUGGGGUCAAAUACCUACGAGGGGACCAACGUGAAGCUCAAAGAUGUUAUGUAAAAGAUAUAAGAAAAGGUUCAGUGAAACAGGCCCUCACUAUUAACGUCCUCGAUCCCACGGAAGAUUCCCCCGAGGACUUGGAGACCUUCCCGCUUGAAAAAGCCGACCCCAACAAAACUGUUCAACUUGAGUCUUCGCUGAAUUUCGAGCAGAGGUCUCAAAUGAUAACUUUCUUACAACAGUACAGGGACAUCUUCGUGUGGUCACAUGAAGACAUGCCGAGCAUAUCUCUCGAGGUCAUGGUCCACAAACUGAACGUGGAUCCAGAUCAUAAACCAAUAAAACAGAAGAGGAGCAUUCGAUGCUGA